CCCCCAGGAUGCUGCUCUUGCCGACGCCUGCCCCGCUGUAGCUGAGCCCCGGUGGAAGGUGAGGGCGAGGCGCAGACCGUCGUCGUGCAGGCGCCAUGGAGCGCCGAGGGGAGCCUGCCCUCCAGCCCAGCCUGGAAUUCACGGUGGAGAAUGUGGAGAAGGCGCUUCACCAGUUGUACUAUGACCCCAACAUUGAAAACAAGAACUUGGCUCAGAAAUGGCUCAUGCAAGCUCAAGUCUCACCCCAAGCCUGGCACUUCAGCUGGCUAUUACUUGACAUGGACAAGGUGCCUGAGAUUCAGUACUUUGGGGCAAGUGCCCUCCAUAUAAAGAUCUCACGCUACUGGAAUGACAUCCCAGCUGACCAAUAUGAGACCCUCAAGUCACAGCUCUUCAGUCACAUAACCCGUUUUGCUAGUGGCUCCAAGAUUGUGCUGACUCGACUGUGUGUAGCAUUGGCUUCAUUGGCGCUCAACAUGAUGCCAGAGGCAUGGCCGUGUGCUGUCGCUGACAUGGUGCGAAUGUUUCAGUCAGAGGACUCUAACAUAGAUGGACGAGCUCGCUGCUUGGCUCUUCUAGAACUGCUGACUGUCCUGCCAGAGGAAUUCCAAACUAGCCGCCUGCCUCAGUACCGCAAGGGGCAGGUGCGUGGUGUCUUGGCACAGGAAUGCAGUUCUGUCUUUCCACUACUAGAGCAGCUGCUGCAGCAGCAAGACUCUCCCAGCUUCAUUAAACAGAAGGUGCUGAAGUGCUUCUCCAGCUGGGUGCAGCUGGAGAUACCCUUGAUGGAGUGUGAGAAUUUAAUCCAGGCAGCCUUCACUUCCCUGCGUGAUCCAGAACUAUUUGACACAGCAGUGGAAGCUAUUGUCAAUGCCAUUUCCCAGCCUGAUGCUCAGAGGUAUGUAAAUACUCUUCUGAAGCUCAUCCCACCUGUACUAGGGCUCCAGGAACAGCUACGCCAAGCAGUUCAGAGCAGGGAUAUGGAGACUUCUCAUGGGAUCUGCCGUAUUGCUGUGGCCCUGGGGGAAAACCAUUCCCGAGCCCUCCUGGACCAGGUAGACCACUGGCAGAGUUUCCUGGCACUUGUCAACAUGAUAAUGUUCUGCACUGGGAUUCCUGGACACUAUCCUGUCAAUGAAACCACCAGCUCUCUUACACUUACUUUCUGGUAUACACUGCAGGAUGACAUCCUCUCUUUUGAGCCAGAAAAACAGGCCAUGUAUCAGCAGGUUUAUCGGCCUGUCUACUUCCAGCUGGUGGAUGUGCUCUUGCACAAGGCUCAGUUCCCUUCUGAUGAAGAGUACAGUUGCUGGUCCUCUGAUGAAAAGGAGCAAUUUCGGAUAUACCGAGUGGACAUCUCUGACACUUUGAUGUAUGUGUAUGAAAUGCUUGGAGCAGAGCUGCUGAGCAGCUUAUAUGACAAGCUUGGUCGUCUCCUAACGAACACAGAGCAGCCGACAUCAUGGCAGCAUACAGAAGCUUUGCUUUAUGGGUUCCAGUCCAUUGCAGAGACUAUAGAUGUAAACUAUUCAGACGUGGUUCCUGGCCUUAUUGGGCUCAUCCCCCACAUCAGCAUCAGCAAUGUGCAGCUUGCAGAUACUGUUAUGUUCACUAUUGGGGCCCUCUCAGAGUGGCUUGCUGACCACCCGGUCAUGAUCAACAAUGUGUUGCCCCUGGUGCUGCAGGCUUUAGGCAACCCUGAGUUGUCCAUCUCCAGUGUCUCCACCCUUAAGAAGAUCUGCCGAGAAUGCAAGUACGACUUGCCUCCCUAUGCUGCCAACAUUGUUGCUGUCUCCCAGGAUGUGCUAAUGAAGCAGAUUCAUAAGACAAGCCAAUGCAUGUGGCUGAUGCAAGCUUUGGGCUUCUUGCUGUCUGCUCUCCAAGUGGAGGAGAUCUUGAAGAAUCUGCACUCACUUAUUACUCCUUACAUCCAGCAGCUGGAGAAGCUGGCUGAUGAGAUGCCCAAUCCCUCCAACAAGCUUGCCAUCAUCCACAUCCUAGGUCUUCUCUCCAACCUCUUUACCACUUUGGACAUCAGCCAUCAUGAUGAUGAUCAUGAGAGCACAGAGGUUAAGAAGCUGCCCGUGCCUCAGGGCCCCAAUCCGGUUGUGGUGGUGCUGCAGCAAGUCUUCCAGCUCAUCCAGAAAGUACUUAGCAAGUGGCUGAAUGAUGCACAGGUUGUGGAGUCUGUGUGCUCUAUCUUUGAGAAGUCUGUGAAGACCCUGCUGGAUGACUUUGCACCCAUGGUGCCUCAGCUGUGUGAGAUGCUGGGUCAGAUGUACAGCACCAUUCCUCAAGCAUCUGCAAUUGAUCUCACAAAGCAGCUGGUUCACAUCUUUGCCCACGAGCCUGCCCACUUUCCACCAAUCAAGGCACUCUUUCUGCUCGUCACAUCAGUUACACUAUCACUCUUUCAGCAAGGGCCCAGGGAUCAUCCUGAUAUUGUUGAUUCAUUUAUGCAACUCCUGGCACAGGCACUCAAACGGAAACCUGACUUGUUCCUGUGUAGCAGCCUGGAUGUCAAGGCAGUGUUCCACUGUGGCGUGAUCUCCUUGAAAUUCCCUGAAGCACCAACUGUCAAAUCUGCCUGUGGCUUUUUUACUGAGCUGUUACCACGCUGUGGGGAGAUCCCACCUGUGGGUCAGGUGGUCCACGAGAAUGGCAAAAUGCUGCUGCAAGCUGUUCUUGAGGGUGUAGGUGGCCAAGCCUCACGCAAUUUGAUGGAUCAGCUGGCUGAGAUCCUCUUUGCUCUCAGCAAGCAUUGCUUCAGUUACUUGAGCAUCUGGAUCAAGGAAGUGAUGCAGCAGGAUGGUUUCCCAUCAGCCCGUGUCACCCCUGAGCAGAAGGAAAUCUUCAGUCAGCAAAUUCUUAGAGAGCGUGUAAACAAACGACGUGUGAAAGAUAUGGUGAAGGAGUUCACACUGCUCUGUCGGGGACUGCACGGCACUGAGUACACAGCAGACUAUUGAGGACACUUGCACCAAGAUACUGGAGCAUGAACACUUCUGCUGGCCACUUGUCACUGCCCUAUGCUGCUACGGAACCAGUUCUUAGGACAAUAAUCUUACAGCUAACCCGCUGAGGCUGCUCCACUCAACAAUGGGCUGUUUCUUAACCCCUACUGCAUGUUCGGUGGCAGCAGGCUGCAAGGACAUGGAGCACAAGCUCAAGCUGAAGACGGCCCCCCCUUCCCCCCCUCACUGGACUGGUGCAAUGACUGUCCCCUUAUCUGCCUAAGCACACUCCUGUAGACAUAUCUGUGGUAUUGUCUGUUCCUAAAAAGUCUGCCCUUGCCAUGCAUGAGGCAGCUUGUGUCUGACUGAAGUGGAAGGCCCUGCAGCCUUGAAAUUAUAUUAAGGCUAUUUCUAAGCUGGUGAUUAUUGGUGAAUUCAAAAGAGAAGGGGGUGUAUAGCUUUUGGAAGACAUGGGGGGAAAGGAAAGAGAAGACAGGGCUAAAGUUUGCGGCACUUGUAGGGUAAUUUUAGUUCUGUUUUACCUAGACUGAUUGGGGUAAUAAAUAGGCCUACGUUGUCCUUGUCAGCAUUCUGCAACAAAGUCUCAGGAGGCAAGGGCAGCUUUCGGAGACAUAGGUCUCCGUUAUUGUACUGGCGUAGUGAGGGCUACUGCCAUCAGUAGCUCCCAGAAUCUCCAUGUAAUUCUCCUGUUCCAGCAUCUGGAGCAUCCUGCAUAAAAUGUAUUACAUUAGUCUGUUCAAGGUUAUCAAGACAAGAAUGAUAGCUACUAGGUGCACAUCACAUUGAAAGAGUUGUAGCCUUCUCUAUUAGAUUUGAUGAACUCCUGGCUGCUUCUGCCACUGAAGAUCAAGGUGCAACAAUUAAUCCAUGUUGGGGUAAAUUAGGAAGAAGAGGAAGGCUUUGUCUGCCUGCCUAUUGGGGAAUGUUAAUGUGGCAAAACUAGAGCGGAUCUAGUCGAACGGGACCUAUUCUAGGUAAAUUUGAAAGCAUCCCCAUGUGCAUACAUACACACUUCUCAAACAACAAACAAGAAGUAGUCUAACCAAACUUUCAUAUAUGUCUGCAAUUUUGGGUUUGCUAGCUUCCCUCACAGCUACUUCCAGAUGGGUAAAGGUUAUGAAUACCUUGGAGUGAUGUAAAUUCUAAACACUUCUUUGUGAAGGAAAAGGUCUCCUCAAGAAAAACAGAACAUGAAACAAGAUCAGGCAUAUAAAAAAAUACCAUGCUCACUAGUUUAGCAGGUGGAUCUCCUUUGAGCCUAGAAAGCAAAUGUUUUGCAAAGCUUGACUUCCAAGUUACUGCUUCUAGAGGGAAAAAUAACUACACCAAUUACAGGAGAAAGCUCCAGUUUGGUGUUGCUAAGCUCUUAAAAACAAUUUCAAGAAUUGGUUACUUUUUCAAUUAGACCUGGCUUAUUAUGAGCAGAGUGUUAGUAAUUAGCAUGUUGUCUUGGUAGAAAGAAAGCUGCAAUCUGAUGGUGUUUCCAGCAUCUGUUGUUUUAA